CGGCUGGGCGGCACACCCUCUUCCCGGUCUAGGUAUAGGGCGUGUGAGAGCUGAGGCCCAGCCUUCCUGAACCCUGGGAACCAGGCUGGAGAGGAGGUGCGAGGGCUUCAGGGAGCGGAUAAUACGUGCCAGUGGCUUCAGGAUGCAAAAUGGGCAUGAACUGACACCUAGUCAAGGGGAAAGGACCCCAAAAUUCCACAUUGCCCAUUCUGGUGAAGGGAGACCUAGGCUCUUGUGAAACCCCCUAGACCAGCCGUGGGACCCCCGAGGCCCUCUCUUAGGGUCUGACCUGGUCUGGCCCCACCUAUCCUGCUCUACCUGGCUGAGAACACCUGUCUUUGGGGAUGGGGUGGGAUGGCCAAGUAAGCUUGUCCAGCCUGCAGGACAGUUAAGGGAGCCCAUAGCCCUGGACCCUGCCCCUCUUCUCUGUGUCCUGACUCCUUCACUUGGACCAUCCUCACCUGACCUGUCACCCUAGAAGCUCAGAGAAAGAGCCAACCCCUUGGGACAAGACACCUCCUUCCCCCCGCUCUCCACAUAUCCUGUCCGGGUUGUGCCCAGAGGGGAGCCAGUGCAGGUGGAUCCCCAGACAUGCCCGUUGGUUCCCGUGGGUGCCUCUGUUUCACGCUGAGUCACGUCCCCCAAGCAUAUCAAGGUAAACAAGCCCCCAGGGGCUUGGCCAUGAAGGGGGGCGGGGCGGCUCGUCCUAUCAAACACUCUCCACCCCCACCCCUAGUCCUUGCAUCUCCCCUGGCAGCAGCUGCAACGGGCCGAGGGGGCUGUGACACCAUAUACCAGGGCUUCGCGGAGUGUCUCAUCCGCUUGGGGGACGGCAUGGGUCUUGGAGGCGAGCUGGAGACUGUCUGCAGGUCUUGGAAUGACUUCCACAUCUGUGCCUCCCGAGUCCUGUUGCACUGCCCAGAGGAGGCCACCGCUGUGUGGGAGUCACUACAGCAAGAAGCUCGCCGGGCCGCACACCCGGAUAACUUGCAUGCUCUGUGCGGCACCCCUGUGCGUAUUAGGGAGCAUGGCACAGGCCCUGAGACCAACCAGGAGACGCUGCAGGCAAGAGCAUCUGCACCCACCCCCACCCCGACACCCCCGCUGCUGGCGGCUGCUCUGGCGCUCGCCUGCCUCCUGGGGCCUCUAGCCUAGCCAGUCUGGUGGAGUAGCAGCACCCCUGCCUCCUACCAGGGCUCUGCAGAGUGCUCUUGGC